AAAAACCCCAUCAACGCCUCCACCUCUCCAUCACUCUCUCUCUCUAGCUAUGAAGAAUCUUUCCUCCAUUGUUUCCCUUUCCUUUCCUCUUUCUCUUCUUUGUCUUCCUCUUUUAGCAUAUUCAGAGUGCACAUGUGAUCAAGACCCAGAAGAGAAUGACAAGACCAAGACGAUCAGAUAUAAGCUGGUGGCAAUUUCCUCCAUUCUCAUCGCAAGUGCACUUGGUGUUACUAUCCCAAUUUUUGGCAAGAAAAUUUCACCUUUAAACCCAGAAAAGAGUUUUUUCUUCCUCAUAAAGGCCUUUUCUGCUGGUGUGAUUCUCUCAACCGGGUUUGUUCACAUAUUCCCAGAUGCAUACAAGAGCUUAACAAGCCCUUGUCUUAACGAAAAGCCAUGGAGUGAGUUCCCAUUUGCAGGUUUCGUAGCAAUGGUGUCUGCAGUUAUGACAAUGAUGAUCGAUUCAUUUGCUACCAGUUAUUAUAGAAGGUUGCAUUUUGAAAAGGCUUUGCCUGUGAGUGGAAAUGAAGAGAUGGAAAGAAAGCAUGAGGGACAUGUCCAUGUUCAUACCCAUGCCUCCCAUGGCCAUGCUCAUGGCUCUGCCUUAAUUACAGAUGCUUCUUCGACGUCUAGUCAUUUCAGGCAUAGAAUUGUAUCACAGGUAUUGGAGUUGGGAAUUUUGGUUCAUUCAGUGAUAAUUGGGAUAUCAUUGGGAGUUUCAGAAAGCAUCAACACAAUCAAACCCUUAAUAGCAGCACUGACUUUCCAUCAAUUCUUUGAAGGCAUGGGUCUUGGUGGAUGCAUUUCUCAGGCAAAAUUCAAAGCUCAAUCAAUGGUGGUAAUGGUGAUAUUUUACUCAUUGACAACACCAAUUGGAAUAGGAAUAGGGAUGGGAAUAACACAAAGUUAUAAUGAGAAUAGUCCAACAGCUCUAAUAGUGGAAGGAGUAUUGAAUUCAGCAGCUGCUGGGAUAUUAAUAUACUUGGCACUUGUUGAUCUGCUCGCUGAAGAUUUUAUGAAACCUAAAUUUCAAUCCAAUUUUAGGUUGCAGCUUGGUGCUAGCAUUUCUGUUCUUGUUGGUAUGGGUUGUAUGUCCUUGCUAGCCAAAUGGGCAUAAUCUCUCUUUAGUAUUAUUUUUAGGUUUUUUUUCCCCUUUUUUAGCAAUAUAAAAAGUUAAAGUUGGCUCA